AUGAAGGCUGCGCAGUCAAGCCUGGCGUUGGCCCUGCUCUGCUUGCUGCGGGUGCAGGCUGAGGUCCCUGUGCAGCCGGGCUUUGACCCCGAGAAGUUUGCAGGGACAUGGCACAUCAUGGCUGCUGCUUCCAACUGCCCUGCGUUCCUGAGCAUUAAGGAUAACAUGAAGGUGUCCACCAGCAAGUUCAGCUUCUCGCCGGAGGGCAACAUGGCUGUGAAGGCUCUUUUCCCCAUGGCAGACGAAUGCAAAAAGGUUGAGAUGCAUUUCCAGCAGAAGGGGCAGGUCGGGCACUACAGCACCACAGAAGAAGGGGAGCAGGACCUGUACGUGGUAGAGACGGACUACGAACACUACGCCAUCGUGAGCAGUAUCAGGGAGAGCGGCAAGAAGCCCAGCACUACGCUGCAGCUCUACAUGAGGGGGCAGGACGUAAGCCCCCAGCUCCUGAAGAAGUUCAAAGAGCUCUGCCUCACCAUGGGCCUUACUGAUGACAUGCUGGUGGUCAUGCCAAAGUCAGACGAGUGCCAGCAGGCUGCCAGGUGAGUGUGACCAGGAGAAACUGGGACUCCAUCCCAGUACAGUCUGGACAGAGCAG